AUGCGACCAUCGCAGAGUGCUUGUAAGCCUAUCGACUAUGAGAGCCUGACCAUGAUUGGCUUUGGCGGGUCAGCAGUCGUGUAUGGCAUUGAUGAGGCAACCGUCCUAAAGGAAUAUUUCGAUGAAAGUGACGAAGGCAUUGCCAUCGAACGUCGCGUAUUCGGUCGACUCGGCUUGCAUCGCAAUAUCGUGCAGUGUCUCGGCGAACCGAACAACAAAUCCAUGAUUCUUGAGCGAGGACAACCCCUCUCGAAUCUGACGGGGCAUACAGAGACGACGAAGGCUCAACUCGAGCAAAAGCUGCGAUGGAUAAGAGACGCUGCGGAAGGAUUACGAUAUAUGCAUCAGAGCGGAAUAAUCCACGCUGAUUUUGGCUGUACAAACAUGGUAUUAGUCAAGGAUCGCGUGAAAAUCAUCGAUUUUGGAGGAUGUAGUAUUGAUGGUAGCGAAGCACUUGCCGGCUAUAACUGGUCCAAUAGCCGGGGAUCGACCUGUCCGAGCUUCGAGACUGAUAUAUUCGCUUUUGGCUGCGCCGUAUUUGAAAUCUUAACCGGUAAACCUCCCUACUAUGAGUUCAAAGACUGCCAGGAACGGCAUGAGAUAGUGCGGCGGCUGUACGCUGAACAACGCUUUCCUGCUGUUGAACAGCUGCCACUACGCGAGUUAAUAUUAGGAUGUUGGCAUGGCACCCUUAGCUCCAUGGAGGAAGUUGCGCGAUGCCUUGAUGCGGCGUCUAAAGAAGAUAUAUUACGAUUAAGGUAA